AUGGAUCUAUUUAAAAUAGGUGAUUACUAUGUAGACAGAAUUGUUAAUUCACAGAGCAAGAACAGUGGAUUAAAUAAAAAUAUUCUCGGGAAAAUCACUCAAUGGAAUCAAGACCGGAUUAAGUUGUUGCUUUUAGAUAAAAAUACCACUUCUACUAUAUCAAUGUGCGCAACACAAACUGAAUUAUUAGAACACGAAAUAUAUAUUGUUGACACGAUAGAAAAUAUGGAAAGAGAUGUAAUGAGACAUCUAAAAUGUCUCGUAUAUGUGAAACCUACCGAGGAAUCUAUUGAGUGUUUGAUAAGAGAACUGUCCAAUCCCAAAUAUGGAGAAUAUCAUCUUUUUUUUAGUAAUAAAAUUGCUAAGGAUUAUUUAGAAAGAUUAGCAGAAGCAGAUGACAUGGAAUCAGUGGUAAAGGUGGAAGAAAUUUUUCAAGAUUAUCAAAUUGUUAAUCAACAUCUGUUCACUUUGGAUCUUAAUCCUAAUAGAAUUUUACUUGAAAACGGUUUGAUUUGGGAUGAAUUUUAUCUGAAAGAAUGCACAAAUAAUCUAAUUUCUUUAUUAUUAUCCCUAAAGAUUCGACCAAACAUAAUUAGAUAUGAUAGUUCGAGUAAAACGACUUUAGUGUUAGCUAAAUCCAUUGAAAACGAGAUUAAAAAAGAUACCCAGCAAUUAUUUGAUUUUCCCUAUGAUCCCUCUACACCUUCUUCGCUUAUCAUACUAGACAGAUAUGAUGACCCUGUAACACCAUUAUUACAACCUUGGACAUAUCAAUCUAUGAUACAUGAAUAUAUUGGUAUCAAACACAAUAUGGUGGAUCUUUCUCACCUACCAAAUAUAGAUAAAGACCUAGAAAAAGUGACACUAUCAUCAAAACAAGACUCUUUUUUUCCGAGAAACCAUGUAUUUAAAUUUUGGUGA